GCAAACUGUUUAUAUGGCAAAAUUGGAAAAACAGGCAAUUGUCAUGGUAUGUUCAUCUAGUAAAUAUUCUCUUUUUUCGUGACUUGGUCUUUGCUAUGUUUAUGACUGAAAAACAAGCUGUUAUCAAAUGUUUGUAACAAAGUCUAGCAAGGUUAUCUGGAACGUCGUUAUCAAGAUGCUCUUUCUCUCCCAUAACAGAAAGAAAAGAGGUCUUGUUAGCCUUGUUUCUAGUACAUACCCUUUGAUCGUUCUGACUUUUUACUUCAUUUACGUUCCAUUAAAGUAAUUUAAAUUUAUAAAAUGGCAGAAUACUAACUCCUAUCCUUAUGAGAGUUUCCUUGUCAACCGCACUGGACAGGAAAAUCAAUUCAACGCAUUGAGCAGACUGAAUGAUUUUCUUACUGAGCUAUGGGCUAUUCAGGUAACCGAUCCUUAUGUUUUGGAUCCGUAAGUGAAUAUUUAGGAAGUUAAAGUUACUAAGUCUGAUUAUUUCAAAGAGAAAUUUGAAUGCUUUCAACUUCUUUGCGAUUUCUCAAACUCUCUAAAUGUUCUACUGAAUUGCAAACAUUGAGCAACUUCACAUUAAUGAAAAAUAAUUUUUCAUUUUAUUUACCUCUCUAGAUCCACCAACCCCUUUUGAUAAAGAUUUUCUUGGAAAACCAACGGUUACGUAUGUAACACUUGAUCCAGAAACUGCGGCUGUAACCCUGAAGUGUGAAGUUCCCAUCAAUCGCAAUAUCCGGUUGUGGAAGAAUGUAACAUACCAGAUCGUUUGGUAUUCGGAGGACGACCACUUGAAAACAGAAGACUUUUGUGGGACAUUACCGCCAGAUAUGAAGGAAUAUGACAGCCCUUGUCCAGGGAAACCCUUAGUAUCUUUCCUGAAGGGUAUGGAUUACAGUUUGAACAGCUUGGUAGGUAAAAAAAACUACCUUUGGCAAAAUAGGUUCUUAUAUUUUGGGCUGCUUAUUGGCAAUUUAAGCUAAGUAGGUUCUUAAUAAGGUUCUUAAUUUUUAUGAAGGAGAUAAAAGAUUCUUGAUUACCAGAAAAAUAAUGCAUAUUAUCCACAAUUCUAACAAAACUGAUAUUCCAAUUUAUAUACAGUACAGUACAGCCAACCAACCUCUAACUGACGACGGUGUCUACUCUUCUCAUUCGCGGCCCUGAUGCUCUGCUGAUGCUGUUGGUUGACCAUCUUACGGUUCAAGUUGGGUCUCACCAAAUCGAGGCGAGUGCGCAGCUCUUCCAAGGAGUAACUGUGGUGGGCUCAAACCGAUAGUGGAGUGAGGAGUGUUCCUAUAAGCUACGUGAAACUUUGCCAACUUCUCCUUCACCGGCUUUGAGCUUUGACACAUGGGGCCUAACGCUUGCUUGAAGGUUUGUACUGCCCUCUCCGCAAGACCGUUUGCAUCCGGAUGACGGAUGGUAUGGUACUGAUGUUAUAUGGCGAAUGCCAUUGAGCCUGACGAACGCCUGGAACUCCUCAGAAACAAAUUUUGCACGGUUGUCACUAACGAUCUGUUCAGGAAUUCCGAAUCUGGUGAAUAAAUCGCCUAGGCCUUUGAUGGUCGAACUUAAAGUGGUGGAACUAACCUAAAUCACUUCCGGCCAUUUGCUGUGUGCAUCGGCAACUACUAAGAACAUCGAGUUCUGGAAUGGGCUUGCAUAGUCGAUGUGUAUGCGUUGCCGUGGUGCAGUUCCCACUCCCACGGAUGCAGUGGUGUUGUAGUAGGUAUCUUCUGGUUUUGCUGACACCCACUGCAGGCUUUCACUAGCCCUUCUAGUUGAGCACUAAUAUUAGGCCACCAGACGUAACUCCUCGCUAGUGCCUUCAUCUUUACCACACCCAGAUGCCCGUCGUUCAGCUCCUUCAAACACUCCUUCUUGGAGCUUAUUAGGGAUUACCUCUGUUAUUGCCCAUAGAAUGCAACCUUGGUGAACCGUCAGUUCAUUGCGCCGCUUAUAGUAAGACUUGUCUCCAUCUAAGCGAGCAGACCAUCCUUUCACGAUGAGCUCGUACACCCUUGUUAGGACUGGGUCACGACGUGUUUCUCUAGCAACUGCUUUACUAGUUACAGGGAGUGGCACAAACUGGGUUGCGUGGAACACCUCUGACGAAUCCACUUCCGUCUCCUUUCGCUCUUUUUGCUGGAGGGGGAGUCGAGACAGCCCACCAGCUUUGCAGUGCUCGGUCGCACUCUUAUACACUAUCUUGUAAUCGAAACUAGCGAGGAACAAUGCAUAGCGCUGGAGUCUGGCAGCGGUCAUGACAGGAACUCCCUUAUCUGGGUGGAAAAUGGCAUUGAGGGCGUACGGUCUGUAAUGAGCGUAAACCGCCUCAUAUAGAGGCACGCACGGAACCGUUUCACCCCCACACAAUGGACAAUACCUCCUUUGCCCUAGAUGAUCAUGUAAUACCUGGUCUAUUACAUGUGCCAAAUCGCUGGACUCGAAGAAACGCCAAAAAGUAACCGAUUGUAUUGGAAAAGGCCCAUGUGUGUAUUGAUCGAGAGGAAUUUCUUGGAUUCCUCUGUUACUUCUAUUUGGUGAUAAGCUUGGCGCAGUUAAAGUUUUCUAAAAUGUUUUCCCCAGCCAAAUUCGCAAAAAUAUCCUCUAUGCGCGGCAGAAGAUAUUGUUCUGCAAGAAGUACUGGAUUGAAUGAGACCUUGAAAUCGUCACACACACGUAAUGAUCCAUUUUGCUCAACUACUGGAACAAUCGGGGUAGCCAAUUACUGUAUUCUACUUUAGACAGAAUACCGUCCUUCUCUAAACGUGUCAAUUCUGCUUCUUCCUUAGGGCGAAGUGCAUAUGGAACUUGAAGUGGCUAAUGAAAGCUAGGCUGGCAGCCCUCCUCAACCUUUAAAUCAGCCUUGUGGCCUUGAAGUGUAGCUACACCUUCAGAAAAUACAGACUCGUACUACUGCAACAACUGAUCCUCUUUAUGUUGCAUGACCCUGUCCAGUAUCUGGCUAAGCUUAAGGGCUUUGAUUUCACCCCAGUCCAGCUGAAUUUUGGAAGGCCAGUCACGCCCAAACAAUGCUGGCCCUGGUGUCUCAACCACUUGUAGGGUUAAUUCCUUUUCUUGGCCCUUAAACUUAACAUUACACUUCAACUCUUCCUUAGGUGUGAUUAUUUGCCCAGUGUAGAGCUGACGCACAUCGUAUGAUCUUUGUCACUCACGUUAUUAACCUCAAGGGUAGUCAUCACUGUCCACAUAAUUUACUGGGGGUCGGGCAGCUUGUCUCUCCCUAUUCUUGGAUUUACAAGCCUUACAAAAUGACCGGUCUUGUUACAGUGGUGACAUGUUUCCUUUUUGAACGGACAACGUUUAUGAUCAUGAUUUCCCAAACAGCGGUAGGAACUUUGAUUGCCCGACUCUUUAUGGGAUGGGGAACCCUUUUAUGAAGGCUUUCUGAAGGUUUAGGCUUCUUGCUUGGUCUUGACUUGGAUAACAGAUAGACUGGGUUUGACUCUUUACUCCCUGUAGAGCUUCAACAUCCUUGUAAGAUUGCUCACUAGCGAUGUAUUUCGCUACAGCAAUGUCAAAUGCCAGUUUCUCGAUUUUCAGUUUCAAAAGCUCUGACAUCAUUCUCUUAUCUCGAAUACUCGACAUCAAUCUAUCUGUACCUUUCCAAUCGCAUGGCAUCAUUAAACUUACAAUUCGUAGCUAGAUGCUUUAAAACAACAACAUACUGACUCACACCGUUCCUCCUGCGUUACGCGCUGGGUUGUCAAACUCAUACCUAGCGACUAGAGCAGAUUUCUAAGGCUUCAAUUGCUUUUGGAGACCCUCUACGUUCGUGUCGUACGUGAGAGAAUCCUCUCUUAACAAUAUCGGCACCAUUAAAUCUUUCGCCAGCUGGUACUUUUCAUUGGGAAGAUUAGUUAACAGGACGGCUUUCUUCUCUUUUGAUUCGGUCACUCCACUGACCACCAAAAAGAAUUCAAGCUGUUCUGCAUACGCCUCGAAGUCAGUUCCUACUGCGAACUUCUGAACUUUUUCGAUGUCUCGAACCGGAUUUGGUGCCGCAUUAGACUCGUUUGGCAUCUUGAGAUGUCGUGUGGAUCUUGUUUAGGAAUGUCUUUCACUUUUUCGCGUAAAAUAUCCCUGAAGAUCCCAUCCUCGUCACCAAAAUUGUUAUGUACUGACGAAAGAUCUAAGAAUGCACCCAAACAACAUGGCGGUACACUACAAACACGUUUUGCACCUAUGCGUGCGCAUGUAAUUACUAUAUAUGGUAAACGCGAAAGAAGACCAUAACGAACACAAACACAUUAACACAUUAAAUGUAAUCAACACAUAAGACCUCGCUUGAUAUUGCUUGGCUAAGCAGGUUCUUGUGUUUUUGGGUUUCAAAGUGGCAAAUUUCUGCCAGGAAGUUCUCAAUCCACAGGUUCUUAUUAGCGGGUGUUUACUGUAGUAGUUAUGAUUUAGAAUAUACUGAACAGUCUCGUUUUAUGUUCUGUUACCAGUUGAUUUUAAAAUACAAAUCUACCAGUCAGUAUGUCGAAGUAUGGAGCGAAAAAGAAGAUACCGUAAAAUUCCGAAAAUGCGCCCCUCCUUCUAUUAGCCCCUCCAAAUAUAAGCCCCACAAACUCGUAACAUAGAAAACCCUCCGUUACAUUGCCCCUCCAAAUAUAAGUCCCCUGGGGGGCCUGUACUUAGAAAUUGCCCUCAAAUAAAAAUUUAAACAAAGCAAAAAUGGUAAAUUCCUUCCAGCUAUAAGGUAGCCCAAUCGAUUUUGAAACGCAAAUUUCCCUCCGUACAUAAACCCCUCAACAAGGGCCUUUGAAAAAUAUAAGCCCCGUGGGGCUUAUUUUCGGAAUUUUACGGUAAUGCAUUUCUUUUGUAUCUUUGCUUAACAGAUUUCUUGUAAUGUAACUGCCCGGUACACCACAUCUCCUUUGAACACUUGGUGUGUUCCAAAAUCCGUCCAGGAACCAUUUUUCGCUGGAUUAAAGGUAAGUGGGAAUAAAAAAACUAGCUACUCUUCAAAGCGACCAUUUAUCACGGAGAGAAGAUAACAUAUAAUUGAUCAACCGGCUACGGGAAGCGUGUUGUUUUCCCUUUGGUCCUCUAAUUUGUAAAACAGAUUUGAACUUUCUCAACAACUUUCAUCAUACCAUAUUAUUACUUAAAGCUACAAAUUUUGAAAAAAUCGUUUUCAAAAAUUAAAUUAAUUACAAAAGUAUAAACUGAUUUGUCAAGAAAUUGUAUUGGAUAUUUUUGUAACUCUCGGAUAAAAGCAUGUCGUCCGUCUGAAUUAAGAGGUGUUCUUUUUUUGCCAUUGUUCGAAUAUGAAGAGAGGUCCGCAAGCAAAAAUUACACAGGCAGUUAUGCGGAAAGAGACGUUCUUUAACAAUAUCAACAAAAAAUCAAGAGUGAUUUUUUUAAAAUCUCCAGGUUUCACCCAAUCGACUGAAAAUUAAAGAGUGUUCCCUAGAUAUAACAACUUUCACAAUAACUCCCACCAUACCAAUUGCGGCGAGUGAAUUACAGAGAGAUAAAUACCUGAAGAUUAGUUUCUGGUCGUCUGAUGGUAUUGAGAUCGACAGUGAUGACUGUGAGGUUGAGCUGAAGGACCUUCAACCAAUCACCGUGCGUGUCAUUGCAAGAUGUACAACCACAGAACAGUCCCCUACUGUUGACAAACGCAUUGUUCCUACAAUUGAGGGAGGUCACAGUCCAUUUUGGAAUAGAAGCUCCCAUUUACCCAGUGUUGCGGUGAGUGUUUUACUGAUAAAUUAGUCAGUUAUUAAAGGGAAAAAUUCACAACUCUUGCAACUCACUCUCCUUAGGUCAAUUUCUCGCUUACUUUAAGAGAGCUUUUACGUUAUGUGUUCCAGUUUCGGGAAAAAAGUAACAUUUAUGAUAACGUCUUAAAGACAGUCGUAGGAAGGUCAUUUACAAUCACAUAUUUUUUGGCAUUAAUUAGACUACUUUUAGUCCAGCCGGUCUGAUUGUGAUUCCCGGUCUGAAGAGAAUUACAUGAUGUAUGUUUUGCGCUAACCACCCGCUCCAUGUUAUCUCUUGUUUAAAAGGCAACCCCCAUUCCGCCGGAACUACUUGGCUACUGAUUUUCCAAUCUAUUAUUGGCUGCGGCCGCACUUGGGGAUUUAGCCGAGUUCAGUUUCCAACUACCUAAUUGAAUUUCUUAACCAGGUUUUAUAUGUUUUCAUUUAACUACCUCGCGGAGUAGUUUAACGCAGGUUAUGGUUAUCAGUCAAUGGAAUCGAUCAUCUCGGCCUAUGCGUGAGAAUGUUCUUGCCUAGUCCCUAGGCUUCAUUAUUCCGCGCGAGCAAAGCGUUUCGGUCACGUGGUCCAUGGGAAAAUGUGAGGCCUAGACAAAAAUCUUCAAAAGUGAGACGGUUCAAUGGCGGUGGUUUACAAGACCAGUCUUUCGCAUUUCAAGGUUGAUAUAUAGAUUUGGCUAGGGCUAAAAGUGAAGCUCUCGGUAAUAUUUAUUGUUUACUCAAACAAAAUAUAUAGUCGUGUAAUGCUAAAGCCUGGUUUUCACUAGCGCAUAAGCAUGAGCAUAAGGACAUACGCACGCGCAGAAUGGUAUACUUGACUCAAUUCUCGAUACCAGAUCUCCUCAACCCGAUGAUAAACAAGAUGGCGGACGAAGCGUCGGCCAUAUUGCUUUUGAUAUGUUCGCACGAGUUCUGGGUGAAAGUGACCAAUGAUUGGUCCACGGCCUUGCAAUUUGUGCCUUGUUGCCUUAUGCUUGAGCUUAUGUCGAGCCGGUUUUCACUAUAGUCAAAGCUUAGACUAUCAAAAAAGUCCUUCGUCCGAUGUCGCUCUCUUGGCCGCUUCGUGGCCCAAAAAGCUCGCUCCGCUCGCUAAAAAACCGCCGUGAGGUCGACUUGUAGCAAGUCUAAUCAAAGCUACGGCAUAAGCAUAAGCACAAGCACAAGCACAAAAAGAACGAACUUGUCAUUUUUUCUUGUGCUUAUGCGUUUGUGAAAACCAGGCUUAAGCGGCGAAGAAAACGAGAACGGUGAAAAAACAACAAUAGGUCUAAUGAGCAAAAAAGCAACUUCGCACGUGCAGCACACUUUUGCAAUAAAGACGAAAACGGAAAGCGGUCAUUGUCUCUGUAUCCGUGUUGUCUAAAGUAUUAAGCAAGGAUUAAUUGUCCUGUCCACAAAUUUGGAGUACAGAGAAAUAGAGAGACAGAAAAAAAAAGAGAAAGUAGGCUACAGGCCAGCGAAGCUCAACGAGAAAAAGAGCGACAGACAGCGUCUUUAUUGACUCUUUAGUUGUCUCUUCUUCACAAGAGGCGGGUGUCUAUGCGAUUUCCCGCCAAAAUAACCUCAAGUUGCCAUACCUGUAUGUUGAUUGAGUUAUUUCACACUGGUAUGCCUGUGGUGCGGAGGUCGGUCGGUCGGGCAAGCGUACGAUCACAAGACUAUCAUUAUUUCUCGGAUGCAAAUAUCGGAUGCAUAGGUUACCAAAUUUUCUUACCCAUGGUGCCCGCUUGGCGAGCGCGAGAGCUCCGCUAAAAACACACCACGAAAAGGCACAGAGGAAAGAGAAAGUUCAAAAGAAUGCUCAGUUUUCUCUUAGUGGACAAAGGAAGGCUUUUAUUUACCAAAUUGCCUUUGAGGAAUUCGAAAUUCACCAAAUUUUUACCACGGCCGAUCGGAGCGCUUUGCCUGUUUUGAAACCCAACCAAGCAGCGAAGUUUUUGAAGAAUUUUCAGGCACAUUUUGUACUCUAUAGUCAAGAAAAUUGUGUUUUUAAAUGGAAAUUUAUGUAUUUCUAAAUACUUCAUCUUGUGCUUGAGCUUGAGUGCCCUGAUUUGAGAUUUGUGUUGAAUAAUUUUUGCCAUGUGCUCAACGGAUUUUACUUGCGUGAACGGAUCCACGAGCCAAGUUUGCUGUACGCGAAAUGCUUUUAAGGAUUAACUUAUGGGUUUUUAAAUUUUUCGAAAAAUAAUUUCUCUCUGUUUGUUGUUGCGUGUUCUUUCAUUGAUAACAAUAGCUCAAACUGUCACAGUCCUGAGACAAGUUGAAUUUAAUGCUUCCCAAAUUAAUGCACACAUUACUUCUGUGAAUGUCGGCAAAUUUUUAGUCUGGGCACUUUGCGAUACGCAGCUAAUGCGUAUAUGCGUAUUUAACAUUUUAUUAUCUGAAAGCAUGUUUUUUCUGAUUAUUCAAGAUUUGCGCGCUAAGUUUACCACAAAGAGGGUCACUCAAGUAUUAUUUUUACUUUGAAAAUUCGCAGUCUUUUAAAUGGGUUAAGAGCUGCAAACUCCGAUAGCUCAGUUGAAAUGAUGACAUUGAAGAAGCCGAAUCAAUCUUCACAGGACUAUGAAUAACAUUCUGGUGACUUUUCAAAGUCCGUCGGCAACAGUCGAUCCGGCAAAUAUCGACAAGGGUUUUUUUGAAAACCAUAAUUUCCUGCUGUUUACAACAUGGACAACAUCUUGAAUUUCAAAAAGCAACGCCCGCACGCGCAUUCUGUUUUUGCCUAGGCGUUUCCCGCCCGUUCGCCUCGGAUACGUCACCGAAGUGAAUUGACCGAGAGGGACUGGGAAAACGCCAUACAGGGAUUAGACAAAGAAUGUUUUAAUUUUGGCUUUACCAUGCACUCAAGCACUGCAGUUUCGAAAAUAACUUCUUUCGCUCCAAGCUCAGCUUUCCUUUCUUAACACAACCAAGUUAAGUCUUUUAAGAAGUCAAAAAUUUUAUUGUCAGUAUAACGGGGGCAAAUUUUGUCAGUCACUCUAAGGCGAGCCUUAUGAGCGACCCAAGCAAGCGAAAAAACAAAACUUUGAAAAGGCUUUGGGAAAGACUAAAUUGAGUCCAACCGCUGAUAAAAAUAAAUACGGUUAAACUCUUUAACCCGGUUACCUUCUGAAGAAUUUUUUAUCGGGUUUUGAAAAACUAAACCGGUUAGCUUGCCGAGUGCGGUCGCAGCCCCUAUUUUACUUUAAUUUUUUUGCAAUGUAGAUAGCUUGUUGAUCCACUCAAGUUUCUUCUUGCAGGUUUCCGUUGAAACCAACUCAGAGAACAUCCAUACAUGUGAAACGUAUACCGAUCCUCACUACAGCACUUUGCCACUUUUUGAUAACGCAAGGUAAAGACUAUCAUCAUUUCGUUGCGAUUAUCCUAGCUGCUUUGUUAUGUCGCGCUUGAGAUUUUUGUUCACGAAUGCAGUGAAGCAUGGUCUUCCUUUCGUCUUUGUGAUUGUUUUUUGGGUUCGUACGUUACAAAAGCGGAUGCUGGUGGAUACUUGCAAUUCCCAGCAAUUCAUCUACAAUCAGAUAGUCAUGUCACUACGAGCAUCGUUUUUUUUUAAAAAAAAUAGGGUUAACGUUUUAUUUCUACGAAUUUAUUGUUUAGUGGAAGAUGGGGAAGCAGAAGUAGCUUUGCCUUUAUGGAACAGGGAGACUUCAUCCUUUAUCGCAACUCUGAGCGCAACUUUGAGGUAAUAAGUGUGAGAACAAGUAAGCGAUGGGAAUCCGUCCUUGAACAGGCAUUAAGAGCGUAUUCCGUUUUUUUGUUAGGGAGGAAGGAGGAAUACUAUGCUCAUUGUUUUCCCAACUCAAAAGGCGAUCCUUAGUCAGCCUGAAACAUAAAGUAGAAGAAAACUGGUAUUAACCCUCAGAAUGCCUUAGAAGUUAGGAACUUCCUGGGACUAGCUAACUAAUACAAUGCACGUUUUUCCCGAUUUUGCGACAGUAGCAGAACCUUUGCGGAGAUAGGACGAAUGAAGGUGGCCACUUUGAGUUUGGAACAUAGUCGAGCAUUUAGUGAGCUGAAGAGCAGUUUAGCAAGUGCGGGAACACUUGGAUAUUUUGACUAAGAUGCCAGGACACUGAUAAUAGCGGACGCAACCUCAUUUAGUUUGAUCUUGACAAAGUACUUGUUCAGGAACAGCAAGGAAAAACAAGAGCUUGAGUGACGUGAAGGCGCGGUAUACUCAGCAGGGGCAGAUCCAGGAUUUUUCUUAGAAGGGGUGCACCACCAAGGAAUGGCGUAACUGACUG